AUGUCAGCUUCUAAAUUGAUGUACUCUUCUCCUCGACCUAAGAAUUAAUCCGCUGUUUCAUAUGGUGGUGAUAGAGAUAGGGCACUUUCUCCCAGCAGAGCGAAGAUCUCAUAAUUAACUGAAAAGCUCUCUAACCUAUAGCAUUCUAUUGAUGAGGAUUAAGCAUUUAAGAAGGAAACAUUUGAGUAGAAAGUCAAAAUUUUAGAGGAUAAAAAUGACGAAUCAAAAUUUAAGUUACUGAAGGAAUAAUUAUCCAAAGUAGAGGAAGGAGCUUAAAAUGAAAAAAUAAUUAGAGAAAGUGACGAUGAGAAAUUGAGAACCAAAGAUUUGAAAGGAUUAGAGGCCUAUUUAGGCAAGGAACUGCAAGGAGAGAAAAUCAUAAAAAAACUGACGAUAGAGUUUAUAUUUAGACUGGAUUAGGCUAGGUAAAAGAAAUAUAGAGAGGAAACAGAAGAAAAGUAUGCUGAAGAAAUCGGGGAUCGAGUUUUAUAAUUAUAAGAAGAAGUUGAGGAAGAGAGGGGAUAGAGAGAAGAAUAGUAUUAAUAAACCAUUAAGAGAUUGGGCAAUUCGAUAUUGAAAUUAUAAGAAAUCUUGACAACUGAGAAAAAGUAGAGAGAGAUUGCUUAGGCAUAGAUGUUUAGAAUGCUCGAUGAAAUGAAUGUAUAUUUGAAUGGAGAAUUAAAUGCUGAAAAAAUGAGAGAGAGGCUACUGAAUAAACCAUCAUCAAUCUAAUUGACUAAACUUGUAAUAGGGUGGAGAAUUGAUUAAGAAAAUGAACUAUAUAAUAAAGUUAAAGAAAACAUUUAUUUUUUAAAUAAAUAUUAAUAAGGGGUUGUUUAAAUGGAAGAGGAAAUCAACUUUAAGGAUAGUCUUAAUAAUGAACUCACCAGUACUAGAUCUCCGAAAUCCAAAAAAAUCAAAAAAUGUGAUUCUCUUUCACCUAAAAAAAAUGUGGGACAUUGGACCAAGGAGGAACACGAGAAAUAUCUUAAGUUCUUAGAAGAUAACAUUUAAAUGAAAAAAAAUAACAAAAUCUUCAAGCCUAUGUCUGAAAUAAUUGGAACUCGUUCCCCAAGUCAAUGCAGAUCUCAUCAUCAAAAAUUCAACCCUUCAUCCCCAUUAGCUUAGAGAAAAUCGUGUAAAAUAAUUAGUGCUUCUAAUUAAGCUACCCCAGCAACAACAUUAUAUGAAGAGACAAAUGCAACCCAAGAGGAUGAGAUAUAAAAUAGCAAUAGGAUUAAACUCAGGUUUUUUGAGGAGGACGAUAUGGUUGAACAGAAUUUUAAUUUAGAUGAUUUAUGAUCAUUUAUAAAUUAGAAGCUAUUUUCAAAUGAAAAAUAGUGCAUAC